AUGGAUAUCAAAAACUCCCCAUCUAGCCUUAACUCUCCUGCCUCCUACAACUGCAGUCAAUCCAUCCUUCCCCUGGAGCACAGCCCCAUAUACAUACCUUCCUCCUAUGUAGAGAGCCACCAUGAAUACUCAGCCAUGACAUUCUACAGCCCAGCUGUGAUGAAUUACAGUAUUCCCAGCAGUGUCAAUAACUUGGAGGGGGGACCAGGUCGACAGACCACAAGCCCAAACAUGUUGUGGCCAACUCCUGGACACCUCUCUCCUUUAGCCAUCCACUGCCAGUCUUCAGUUCUGUAUGCAGAACCUCAAAAGAGUCCUUGGUGUGAAGCAAGAUCACUAGAACACAGCUUACCUUUAAACAGAGAGACAUUGAAAAGGAAGGUUAGUGGGAGUAGUUGUGCCAGCCCUGUUAUGAGUCCAAGUUCAAAGAGGGAUGCCCACGUCUGUGCUGUCUGCAGUGACUACGCAUCAGGAUAUCACUAUGGAGUCUGGUCAUGUGAAGGAUGUAAGGCCUUUUUUAAAAGAAGCAUUCAAGGACAUAAUGAUUAUAUUUGUCCAGCUACAAAUCAGUGCACAAUAGAUAAGAAUCGGCGCAAAAGCUGCCAAGCCUGCCGACUUCGGAAGUGCUAUGAAGUCGGGAUGGUGAAGUGUGGCUCCCGGAGGGAAAGGUGUGGGUUCCGCCUAGUGCGGAGGCAGAAGAGUUCCGAUGAGCAGCUGCACUGUCUGAACAAAGCCAAGAAGAAUGGACAGAUGAGCCGAGUGAAGGAGCUACUGUUGAGCGCCCUGAGCCCGGAACAGCUGGUGCUCACGCUCCUGGAGGCAGAGCCACCCAACGUGCUGGUGAGCCGCCCCAGCGCGCCCUUCACCGAGGCCUCCAUGAUGAUGUCCCUGACCAAGCUGGCCGACAAGGAACUGGUGCACAUGAUCGGCUGGGCCAAGAAAAUUCCGGGCUUUGUGGAGCUCAGCCUGUACGACCAAGUGCGGCUCUUGGAGAACUGCUGGAUGGAGGUGCUAAUGGUGGGGCUGAUGUGGCGCUCCAUCGACCACCCUGGCAAGCUCAUCUUUGCUCCAGACCUUGUCCUAGACAGGGAUGAAGGGAAAUGUGUGGAAGGAAUUCUGGAAAUCUUUGACAUGCUCCUGGCAACGACUUCAAGGUUUCGUGAGUUAAAACUCCAACAUAACGAGUAUCUCUGUGUCAAGGCCAUGAUCCUCCUGAACUCCAGUAUGUACCCUUUAGCUGCAGCAACUCAGGAGGCCGAGAGCAGCCGGAAGCUGACUCACUUGCUGAAUGCUGUGACCGAUGCUCUGGUCUGGGUAAUCGCCAAGAGCGGCAUCCCUUCCCAGCAGCAGUCCGUCCGCCUGGCUAACCUCCUGAUGCUCCUCUCUCACGUCAGGCACGCCAGUCCCUCCUUAGGGGCAGCAAAGGUCUCCAGAGUGGUCACCUCCUUUGGUCAGAGAGGUGAGUUAUUUUAA